AUGCGUCAUUUUCAAGCUCAACAUAAUGUUGAGCCAAGUUAUGUCAAUAUGUUGGAUCCAGAUUUAACGGAAUAUGGAUUUGAGCAAGGUUCAAAAAUAACAUUUGAUGAUGAUCAAUUAGAGUUAAUUAUAUGUUCGCCGCUCUCACGUACAAUUCAAACAUACUUAUCCAUAUUUAAUCGUACGGAAAGGCGUCGACAAAUACCAUUUAAAUUGGAUGCUGAUUUACAGAGAUAUCAUGAAACAUAUAAUUAA